GGACCGGCCUCGGGCACCGUCGGCCACCGCCCCCCCCCAACCCCGCGCGCCCAUCCCCCCCUUCAAUUUCAAAUACACAUUCCUCUUACCUCCGGGGAAGAAAGAAAGAAGAAAGAAAGACAGAAAGAAAAAUAAUAAUAAUAAAAGACGGAGAAGAAAAGCCAUCAAUUUCCUCCAAAACAAACCCCACCGGGCAAUUUGGGUGUAGGGUCCGGGGGAGGCGGAGCGGUUGCAAAUUGCUCCAAGGCAAGAUCCAGUUAUCCAGCGGGAAAGGAGCGCGCCGCAGGUUGGCCGGGGGCGCAUCCCCUUCCAGCGCCCGGGGGACCCCCCCACCUCGCCCCUCUCCAGCUCGCCCUCCCCCCGGAAGCUCGUGCCGGGGGAACCGGAGACCUUUGAUCUACGCUCGUCCCUGCCUGCACUUCUGGCUUUAUUCGGAGGACGGGCUGCAGCGCGAGCGAGGGAGCGAGCGAGCGGCGACAGCAUGAGCCUGUGCUGACCUCCGCCCGGCGGGCCGACCCGGGCUUUGUCGCGGUCCCUGCGCGCGCCCCGCGCCCCGCGCCCCGCACCCCGCGCCCGGCGCCGCCACUCUCGGCCCCACCAGCUUCUGCGACCUUUUGUUGGCAGCGCUGACCGCUCCAAGUUAAAUGCUCCUUUGCCAUUCUUUUUUUUUUUUAUUUUUUCUUUCUUUCUUUCUUUUCUUCCCUUUUUCUUUUUUUGUCUGUUUGUUUAAAUUUUGGAGAGCUCUUGCGAUCUUGGAAAAGCCUCACACGCCAUCUACAGUUAAAACACCCAGCGGCUGCCGUGCGCGCUCCUCCAAGAUUGCACAAACUAGACAGCAGGGCUCCUCCGCCCGGUCCGCGCCUCGGAAGCCUGCGUGGGGAUCGCUUCGGGAGACCUGGCGCUGCGGCUCCCCGCCGGAGCAAUCGGGUGGCUCGUCUAGACCCACGUUGGAAGGAGGCAGAGAGAAAGAAACUAAAAGUGCGGAGACUCUGCAAAAUCGCCGGCUGCUUGGGGGUAACAAAAGGACUCGGAGUUGCUGCGGACUGAGCGCCCCCGGGAGCCGGGGCUCGGAGCCGACCAGGUCUACCCCCAUCACAAUAGCAAGAUAUGGGAGAUCGCGGAACAAAACCCAGGAUUUCGAAGAGUUGUCGUCUAUAAGGUCCGCCGAGCCCAGCCAGAGUUUCAGCCCGAACCUCGGCUCCCCGAGCCCGCCCGAGACUCCGAACUUGUCGCAUUGCGUUUCUUGCAUCGGGAAAUACUUAUUGUUGGAACCUCUGGAGGGAGACCACGUUUUUCGUGCCGUGCAUCUGCACAGUGGGGAGGAGCUGGUGUGCAAGGUGUUCGAUAUCAGCUGCUACCAGGAAUCCCUGGCCCCGUGCUUUUGCCUGUCUGCCCACAGCAACAUCAACCAAAUCACCGAAAUUAUCCUGGGGGAGACCAAAGCCUAUGUGUUCUUUGAGCGAAGCUAUGGGGACAUGCAUUCGUUUGUCCGCACCUGCAAGAAGCUGAGGGAGGAGGAGGCGGCCAGACUGUUCUAUCAGAUUGCAUCGGCCGUGGCCCACUGCCACGACGGGGGGCUGGUGCUACGGGACCUGAAGCUGCGGAAGUUCAUCUUUAAGGACGAAGAAAGGACUCGGGUCAAGCUGGAAAGCCUGGAAGAUGCCUACAUCCUGCGGGGGGAUGACGACUCCCUCUCCGACAAGCACGGCUGCCCCGCUUACGUAAGCCCGGAGAUCUUGAACACCAGUGGCAGCUACUCGGGCAAAGCAGCCGACGUGUGGAGCCUGGGCGUGAUGCUCUACACCAUGUUGGUGGGGCGGUACCCUUUCCAUGACAUUGAGCCCAGUUCCCUCUUCAGCAAGAUCCGGCGUGGCCAGUUCAACAUUCCAGAGACUCUGUCACCCAAGGCCAAGUGCCUCAUCCGAAGCAUCCUGCGGCGGGAGCCCUCAGAGAGGCUGACCUCGCAGGAAAUUCUGGACCAUCCUUGGUUUUCUACAGAUUUUAGCGUCUCGAAUUCAGGAUAUGGUGCUAAGGAAGUGUCUGAUCAGCUGGUGCCGGAUGUCAACAUGGAAGAGAACUUGGACCCUUUCUUUAACUGAGCUCAUGCCCCACAGAGACUUAGCAGGUACCAGGAGCGAGAGAGGGCAGUGGAAAGUCCUUCCAGGGGACACGCAUCGCCUGGCUUGGUAGCAAGAAAGACACUGACACUCAAGUUUCUCGGUUCAAAGAAGGAGAACCUUCAAGGAGCUAGCUGCACAUGUAGCAGGGGGGGCGAGAGAUGUGGGGUGGGGGUCUGGGGUCGGGUCAGUGCCCCUGGAGCUCCUCUUCCCUGACGUAGCCCCCCGGAGACCACCCCUGUCAGUUGGGCUGCUUCCGCCUACCCCACUUUUCAUUUGUUCCAAAAUAGUUGCAGAUCCCGACAGAAUCAAAACUCUCUGCCUCAGACACACAUCUUGGCAUCGCACUGUUAGCUUUUAACUUCUUGUCACGAUUCAGGGAAGGUAUAAUUGGCCAAGGAUUUUUUUUUUUCUUUUUAAACAAGAUAACCACCUUAUCUGAUAAUUAAUGGGGUUCAUUUAAAAAAAAAUUCGGUGCACACAGACUGACCAGAAACCUGGGUGCUAAGCUAAAAGAGAAUAGAAGUCCAGUUUUGUGUCUCUUAAUUGCUCUUUUCAAGUCAUUUCUUUUAAAUAAACUAUUUAAUAUCCUG